CGGCUCCUCAGGACGCACAGUGCGCGGAGGUCCCCAUCCUGCUUCCCUCAUCCCGGGCACAGGCAGGGGGGACUGCCGCAACUUCUACACGGACCACCGUUUCGAAAUCACACAUGUUCUUCUCCAACUUUUUUGUUUUUGAAUGAGCUACUUUAGAUCGGACAUGGCUUCAUCCGUGAGCGGCACAGAGGAGGUGCGGGUGUCGGUGCUGACGCCCCUGAAGUUGGUGGGACUGGUGUGCGUGUUCCUCGCGCUGUGCCUGGACGCCGGGGCCAUGCUGAGUCCGGCGUGGGUGACGGCGGACGACCAGUAUUAUCUGUCCCUGUGGACGUCCUGCUGGAAGCCCGUCAGCUCCGAGGAGUGGUCCUGCAACAGCACGCUGGCCACGGACUGGCAGAUAGCCAUGCUGGCCCUGCUGUUGGGGGGGGCGGUACUCACACUGCUCUCCCUCCUCGUGGCGUUGGUGUCCCUGUGCGUCAGCUCCAGAAGUCGCUGCUACAAGCCUGUGGCCAUCAUGCUGUUCUCUGCAGUGGUGCUUCAGGUGUGCAGCUUGGUCCUGUUCCCCAUCAAGUUCAUAGAGACGGUCAGUCUGAGGGUGUAUCAUGAGUUCAACUGGGGUUACGGUCUGGCCUGGGGGUCCACCAUCUUCUCUUUUGGAGGCGCCAUACUCUACUGCCUCAACCCCAAAAACUAUGAAGACUACUACUAAGAAUAUGCCAGACGAGAGGAGAAACCAGGACUCGGUCAUCUCAGUAAUAGGAACUUUUUGUCUGUUACAAAGUUUCACAACCACAGACUUCAAGUAGAAUUACUGCCGUGUGUCUAUCCAGUCUUAUAGAUGGAAUUAAGUGUUUGUUGUCAUAAUUAGCAUAUGAAUUAUUGAGGUAUGGCCAGAAACAUUAUUUGUGAGGUCACAAUGCCCUUGACCUUUGACCACCAAAUUCGAAUCAGUUCAUCCCUGAGUUCAAGUGAACAUUUGAACCAAAUUUGAAGAAAUUCCCUCAAUGCGCUCUUGAGAUAUUGUUUUCACAAGAGCAGGACGGACAAAAGGAUGGACAACCUCAAAAACUCUGGCCAAAGCUAUCGCCAAUGUAAAGGCAUAAAAAUUCCAAACACAAAUGCUAAUUGUUAGUUUUAAUGCUGGAAUCGAGCCCCUUGACUUGUUGUCUCAAAGACUUUCCACACUUAUUGGACUGAAGCCCUGGGCUCUUUCAGGGGGGUUUUGGGAGCAAAGCCGGCUGUGAGAAAGAAAUCCAAAACCAGCCAGUUUCGUUUGGUAAGACAAUGUCACCAUUCAGAUAAAUGUGUGUCCCCUUUAAGUGGAACUCCAGUAGGUCUCAGAUUUGGGCAGAAAAUCUGGAGGGAACAGAUGGAUUCACUGACCCCAUACCAGGAUGAAUCGGUGGACUAAUUCAUCCAAUCAGAGCUGCAGAGGGGAUGAAAAGCAUAAACUCCAGUAGAUCAGGGAAUUAAGAGGAAACGUCUUAUUCAAGUCACAUCCUGAGGAUGACAAAGCGAGGAAGACUGGGUCCACCUAAGGAAAUGCAAAAUGCCACAUUUCCCCACAGAUACACUACAUCUGGAACUUUGCUUUGUUGUCUUCCUCUAGAAGUUACUUUGAUGAAAACAUGUCAUGACGCUCCAGUGGACUGGUUUUAUUUUCUGCUGCCCUCUUUGAGUUUGACAGAUACUGAUAAUAAACAGGAACUACCUAAAAACAGGGAAAACCCUCCACAUUUGCUGGUUAAUGAGCAGGUGUGUCUCUUACACGUAAACUGUAGUAAAACUUAUGGCUACUAAAUAAGGCCUGCAGCAUAACCUGAGUUUUACCUUUGUUGUAUUAUAUGUAAGUAUGUGCAGUUAACAUAAUUAAGUAAUAUUCAUUCCAAGCAGACCAGUGAGGAGGAAGAUGGCAAAUGACCAUGUCUGCUGAGUGAGUGCACAAUUCUGCAUGAUCAUACCACAUGGCAUGGACGUGCACACACAAGCCCAUGUGAUGCCUCUUUAUCUCUCCUCUCAAAGGAAACAGGAAUGCUCUCAGUAGAAGUGGCACCAUUAAAAAGCAACAGUUUUCAAAUGGGAGGGAGAAGCUAUAGAAGAAGAUGACAGUUUCUUGCUAAAUUAAGGUCCCUAAUACUUUAUACUUCAUACUAGGAAGAGUGAUCACACAAUCGACCCCAUUUAAAAAUCAAUGUUAACAUGUCCCCCUUUAGUUUUUAUAGGAUAAUCAUAUUUUGAGUGAAAUAAGAAGUCAACGCCACUGCAGUUAACAAAAGUCUGAAAAAGAAGGACUCAGGGUCCACUCACAGCAAACAUGGGUUCGGUUCAACACGGUUCAAAAGUUGAACUCCACAAGAAAGUCCUGCAGUUUGCUUGCACAGACUGGAAGCACACAGGAGGCGAAGGUUCACCGCUGAUACAUUCCUGUAUUUGUGAAAGGGACCUCAGACAGCCAGGGUUUGUGAUGUCACAAACCUAGGAAACCAAUCCUGUCCACCUAUGAGAGGUGAGAGGAGCACAGCAGCUGGAAAAGGAUUCUCAACUGCAAGUGAGCAGUGAGGGUGGGGAGACAUAUUCAUAGAUCCCAGAGAGAGUGAGGAGGGAAAGUGUACAGUUAUAUUUAUGUCAUUUAGAGUCCAUUGGGGGAUUUUUUCAUUACCUGAAUAUGUAAUUUUUAGUUUUAGGGAGUGUAAUAAGCUACUGGAGUUGGACUUUAAAUAGAAACUUUAAAGUUUCAUUCCCAAAGGGUGAACAUGAGGGGUGGGUAGACCUACAAUGAUCUGCUCUGGUAAUGAACAUCCUCUCAAACCUUAUUUAAAAUGGUCAGAAGCUUCAGUUCCCCCUUCCUACAUUAGAGAGAGUGUGUAUGUGCAUGCCACAGCCGUGUGCUGCUGUAUUUGAUUCCCACUGGUUUGAUUACUAACAUAAUAAACAUGUACUGUGAAAAAAA